GCGGAAUGUCAUAACACAUAACAUGUGCAAUCUGUUUGCCUUGCGUACGUACAUAUAUAUACGUGUGUUGCUCAUUGCUGAAAAGUCCCUCACCAACGUUGCUUCAGUAAGAAAGGACAAUUGUUUUCAAAUUUCAGUUCACAAAAUGGGUGUUCCUAAGUUUUAUCGCUGGAUCAGCGAGCGGUAUCCGUGCUUGAGUGAAGUAGUCAAGGAGAAUCAGAUUCCUGAAUUUGAUAAUCUCUACCUGGACAUGAAUGGUAUCAUCCACCCGUGCUCGCAUCCCAAUGAUGAAGAUGUCCACUUCCGCAUCACUGAAGAGCAAAUCUUUGAGGCCAUAUUCCAUUACAUUGAGGUGCUGUUUCGCAUCAUCAAGCCCCGUAAGGUGUUCUUCAUGGCGGUGGACGGCGUGGCCCCCAGGGCCAAGAUGAACCAGCAGCGGGGGAGGCGGUUCCGCUCAGCCAGGGAGGCGGAGGAGCGGGAGCGGCAGGCCCUUGCCAAGGGGGAAACGCUGCCGGCCGAGAAGCGCUUUGACUCCAACUGCAUCACCCCCGGCACGCCCUUCAUGGUGCGCCUCCAAGAGCAACUGAAGUACUUUGUGCGGCAGAAGCUGACCAAGGAUCCCAUGUGGCAAGGGCUGACAGUUUACCUCUCAGGGCACGAGACUCCUGGUGAAGGGGAACACAAGAUUAUGGACUUCAUACGCUCAGAGAAAGUUCGAAAGGACUAUGACCCUAACACCAGACACUGCCUCUACGGCCUAGAUGCAGACCUGAUCAUACUGGGCCUCAUAUCCCAUGAACCUCACUUCUCCCUUCUCCGCGAGGAGGUGCGAUUCGGCAAGAUUGCCAAUCAGAAGCGACCUACAGCCCCAGAAGAGACGACCUUUCACCUCUUGCACUUGUCUCUAAUGAGGGAGUACCUGGAAAUUGAGUUCAGUGCACUCAAGCCGCAAAUCGACUGGUUUGAUGUGGAAUGCAUCAUCGACGACUGGGUGCUCAUGGGAUAUCUCGUCGGUAACGACUUCAUCCCUCACUUGCCUGAUAUGCACAUAUCCCACAAUGCUCUGCCGAUGCUGUUCAAGGCCUACAUCGAGAUCCUGCCCUCGCUUGGUGGUUAUAUCAAUGAGCACGGGACACUAAACCUGCCCCGUUUUGAGAAAUACCUGGUCCAUCUAUCCAAGUUUGACAGGGAGAAGUUUGAGGAGACAUUUUCCGACCUUUCCUUCUUUGCUGGGAAGACGGACAUUAGAGCCUGGAAAAGCAGCCGGGUAGAAGCCAAAAAAGAAAAGGAGAAAGAAAGACGCGCUGCCAAGGCCAACUCCAACCAAUAUGCUCUGCUGGACAACUUUGAUGAAGUGAUGGGUCUCAAGCUGGCCUCUGGGUCAGAGGUCGCUGGUCAGUCACCUGACUCAAGUCAAGAUGCAGAUUCCUCUGAUCAGGAGGAUGGUGAUACGUUUGAAGAAGAGUUCAAAGCUCACAAGAGUGCCUACUAUAACAGCAAGUUUGAAAUAGACAACAUCACAGAGUUCUACCCUUACCACUACGCCCCUUACAUGUCAGACCUACAGGGAAUAAGCAACUUGGAUCUCAAGUACGAGAAAGGUGAGCCGUUCUUGCCCUUCCAGCAACUUCUGGGUGUGCUGCCUGCAGCAAGCAAAGACUUGCUUCCCGAGCCAUACCAGAAACUGAUGACCAUGGAAAACUCCCCCAUUAUUGACUACUACCCAUUGGACUUUGACACCGACCUCAAUGGCAAACUGCAACAGUGGGAAGCAGUGGUGCUCAUUCCAUUCAUCGAUGAGGAACGUCUCCUCGCGGCGAUGGACAGCGUCAGCAUGCACCUGACUGAUGAGGAACGAAGUCGUAAUCAGCAUGGGCCCCACCUCAAGCACACCUACGACAAGACACUCAAUUACAAAUACCUGUCCUCUCUACCUGGGCACUUCCCCGACAUCAAUGCCUGCCGGGUCAGGUAUGAGGAGUUAGACAAGGACAUCUUUCACCUUGAUCCCAGCAUGCUUCAACGAGGCCUGCGUCCAGGCGUUAAGACAGGUGUUUACUUCCCCGGCUUCCCCACGUUGCAUCAUCUGAAAUUCAGAACCAAACUCAGCAAAGAGGAAAUUAAAGUCUUCCAGCAAAACAGCCGAGGCGAGAGCAUCAUUCUUACCAUCAAAACAGAGAAUGCUGAUGUGACGGCAGAGGAUGUAAUCAGUGAAGUGUUUGGUAAGUCCUGCUUUGCUGAAUGGCCGCAUCUGAAAGAAGUCAAAGUGGUGGCUGUGGCAGAUGACACAACUAGGUUUGAACUUGCUGAGAGCAAACAGAGGAGUGACCAACAGGCAGAGAAGCCCAGUGUCAAGAAACUUGACAUGUCCGAUGGGGACGCUGCUGCCUGGGUCAAAGAUAUCAAGGCCAUACAAGACAGAUAUCACAAGAGGAAAGGAGUGAAGAUCGGUCCGUCAUACGUCUUGGUCUACGCCUGCCCUUUAAUGGGAAGACGGUAUGUGAGUGGACACAGUGGAGUGGUCACUCUGGAGAAGCAGUGGUCAGAUACUCCGGUAGCCUACGCAUAUCAGAUGAUGGUCAAGGACAUAGCCGUGCAUGACUCAACUUUCCAGCAGUUCAAGACCCUGGAAGAGGUCUUCCCCAAGCAGUCUAACUGCUUCAUGCUGGGAGCGCCCAACUACGGCUGCCAGGGAAGUGUGGUGGAUGUGGAGGAUGGACGAGUCCGUGUUACGCUCUCCUGUCCUGUAGAGCCAGAUUUGAAUCACCUCAGGAACUCACAGAGCCAUUACGAGAUUCAGUACCUCCCUGCUCACAUCUUAGCCCAGCGUCUUGGCUUGACAUCUCUCAUCAUCUCCCGUUUAUCUGGCAGCAUCUUUGUUGGCAGAGGAUCCAAGCACAGCUCCUCUGUGGGUGCCUCAAAUAACUUCAAUAUCGGCCUCAAUCUGAAAUUCAAUAAGACCAACCAGGAGAUCCAGGGUUACUCUAAGAAAGACGAGUCGGGAACAUGGUUGUACUCAACCAAGGUCAUAGACAUCAUCAGAGACUACAUGGCAAAGUUUCCAGAAGUGUUCUUGCGCAUUAGUAAGAAUCCAAGAGCAGAGGCGUUCUUUGAAGAUGACCUGUUUGAUGGGCAGCCUGGUCGAAUGAAAGAGCUACAGGACUUCAUCAAGGCCCUGCCGUGUGCCAAGGUCUCCAAGGUAGAUGUGGGCCUGAAGAACCUGGAUGAGCCCAUCAUCAAGCUGAUUGAGGCCGAGGUGAAGAAGGUUGCUGGAUUGAAAGUCAGAAAGCAAAAAUUGUGUGUCCGACCACACCUUCUCUACAAGCCUCUUCAUUACAUGGGCAACUUAAUCCCAGACCUGCAAGUGGAGCACGAACUGUUUGAUCGCGUCAUCAACGUCAAGGAGGGCCACACUGUGCCUCUAGGCGUACGAGGAGUCAUCAUUGGAAUACAGCCGGGUGACACUGUGCUUGACUGUAUCUACGAGAUUGUGUUUGAUGAGGAGUUUCCUGGUGGUCUGGUGAUCCGUUGCACCGGUAACCGUGGUUACAGGCUCCCGACCACAGCCAUCAUAAACAUAUCGUACGGGAUGCGCAAGGAACAGGGCCAACAGCAGAGCAACAAGCCAACAGCCGUCGUCAAACCACAGGUAUUCCCGCAACCCAAUGCCCGAACGCAGAGUCGCGGCUGGUACUCGGACAUAAUCGGUAGGCUGGGUGCUUCACUUGAGCAGUCUUGCCAGAGCCAGCGACAAAAACAGCAGCAGCGCCAGUCACACACACAGGUUCAGUCCAAGCCAACCGCAGCAAUCAAUUACAAGGAGGCGUUAUCACAGAAAGGUAGUGUUAAACAAGAGACGGAACAGAGUUCUAAUUCACAGGCAUCACUGCCCAUGAAGAUCCUGACACGGUCAGGACCCAAGGUGACUGCGCGUUCCCCCUCUAAGGAACCUCUCCCGGGGAAGAGCUCACAGUCUCAAAGAAUCCCUCCGAGCUUCCAGAAGCAGGAGGGGACAGACAGCAGGAAAAAUACAGCAAAGACAGAAAAGGUCGGACAGGGGCAGAGGAAAGAUGCGGUCUCCAAAUCAGAGGUGUCAACAACGAGAAUCCGUGAUAAGGCUCUCAGCGAGGAGAUUCGCAAGAUUCGAAGUCGGGAAGACAAGAAAGCUGCUGAGCCAGAGCAGUCCCCGGCCAACGAGGUGGACGAGUUUGCCAUCAUGUGGCAGAACCUGCAGAAAGGGUCUAACAACAGCGGCACCUCCUCCCCCAUGACUGAGGACUCCGCCCCUGACAAGGAGAGCAGCCCGAGUGAUGAGCUGACCUCCCCCUUGGCCUCGGGAGGCCAGACACCUCUGUCAGAGGAGGACAUGACGGGGCCCUCCGUCCAAAUGCAGCUGGCCCUGUCUGCACUGCCCAAGAUGGAGGCUCCUGGGCCAAAGGUCACAGGGGGUGAGACCAUUGUUGAGGAAGGGGAUGAGGAAUUCGAGGGUGAAGAGUUUGAAGUAGAUGAAGAAGCACGGAUGACUCCAAGAACAUAUGCAAAGUCUGGAACAGAGGAGCUGUGUCGAAUGCUGAACAUUUCCUCGGUGUCCGAUGGCGACGGUACAACCAAGGAUAUUGCUUUGCCUCACUCUGUCGUCAUAGAAGCGUCAACAGGCAAGAAGCAGUAUGGCAUACCACUCACCCUUGAUCAGCUCUUUGCAGGUGCCAGUCUGAACAAUCCUCCAAAUAGUAUAUCACCAGCGCCGAUUACUCCAACCAGUCAGGCUAGUGUACCAGUGCCUGGUGGAGGGAGCCAACCUACACCACUCCAUCCCCACCCCCUGGCUCAGGUGUCCGGUCCCCACCCUGGACUCAUGAAGGGUCCCGAGUCCUCUCACCCAGGCACUGUUCCCACCCAGCCAAGGCCAUUACCCCAGGCCCCAGGCCACGCUACGAUCCCUGUAAAGGUGGGAUCUCACGGUGUCACGUUUCAGCCAGCCUACUUUCCUCAAGGUGCUGUGUCUCCCGCGAGGUUGACUGUAGGGAAUUACUCACCCCAGUCAGGUGCCUCGCCUGUCCAGCUUUUGCCCCACCACACGUUUCAAGGGACUCCUUUAGUUACUGUCAAUCCUGGGAAGCCAGGCAUGCAACACCCUGCAAGCUUAAUGGUGCAGCCCGUUGGACAAACACCACAGCAGCAGUUGGGAGUUCAGCAGCAGGCGCAGCAGCCAAUCAGAAUGCAAGGUCCUGGCCACCAAUCCCAAGCCGGUGUGGUGAAACCAGUACCCACUCAUGCGGAUCCCCACUCCCCCGCAUAUCCUCAGCAACAGCCGACAAGCGUCUCUGCCAAUGAGAACACGUCCAACGCCAGACUGUAUCCGGCAUCAGCACCUCAGCAGCAGAGUGCAAGUGUGGCCCAAGGACACACCCCUGGAUUUCACGUUGUCACGCCGCGGCCAUUUCAAACAGCCCCGGUGCCGAUCGCAGCCCCGGGGAGAUCGCACCCGGGCCCCCAGGUGAUGGGCUCCCCAUCGCAACCUCCCAACCUCCGACCCAGGGUUCCGUUCCCUGGGCAGCAGCAUGGACAACCUCCACCCCAGGGCUUCCCAGCGAGGCCCCAGAAUGCCUUCGAGGCGUUACUAAUGUGGUGUCAUCAAAGGGGUCUGCCGCAACCACUGUGCCAUUACCAGAGAAAUAAUACCACGGGUCAGGUACGGGGUAUGGUGCAAUUGGCUAACGGUCAGCAGUUCUUUGGUCCAGACUGCCCAUCAGAUGUCAUAGCCGUAGAUGCUGCAGCCCACAUGGCAAUGACAAACUUAACAUCGCAAUCACCAAGAAGUCCCAUGAUGCAACAGAUGAGGCCUACCACGCGCCCAACACUCGGUCCGAUGGGUCCACCAUCAGGACCUAUGAUUCACACCAGUGGACCAAACCCGUUCGUGCCUCUGCAGGUAACCAAGCAACUAAAUUCCCCACAGAGAUUGACAUCUAUAGAGGCAGAAGCUACAUCAGGUACGACACCCCCCAGACAACAAAUGGAAUACCCUGCUCAGGCUCCACCGUCCCAGGGUGCACCCCCUUCUAGCAGAGUGGACCUGGCCGCAACAGACCAAUCAGGGAUCAAGGAUAAUUCCCACCAAAGCUCCCGGAGGGAGCUCGACUUUGGCAGCAGUACCGUCAACACCGUCGCACACAGCACUGAAGUGGUUGCGUCUGUGGAGCAUCGAAAACCAAGCAUAGAUGAAACAUUGGGAGCAGUCCAUUCAGAGCGGAGGGCGUCCACUGGUGGUCCUGCCAGACACCGCCGAGUUUCCUCCAAGGCCAAACUUGCCAUUAAUUUUGGUGGGAAACCUGAACAGGAUUGAGGUCCGUCAGGUCAAAGGUCAAAUUGUGACCUCAGUGUGCUGAAACUGAACACUGAAGUUCAUUCCAAAGUUAAUGCAUUUUGUUUUCUUCAGAAACUCAGAAGUAAAACUAUUUUUAAAAUCAAUUGACUUGUUUUGCUGUUUAUGACCCACUAAGUAUUUAAAAAAUGUUCAUUUCCCUCCAAUAGAAAGCAUGAACAUGUAGUGGAAUCAUUUCUUUACUCUUUUUAAUGCUUGUUCAAAUACAUCUAAUAUUUUUAAUCUAUUUUGCAGUAAUGUAGUUAGUUAUAUGACGUGGUACACAUCAACACCCAGAGUGACGAUUCUUGCCUGUUUUCAGCACAAUUUUUUAAAAUUCUGAAGUCAGCAUUGAUGGAAGUGGAUGUGGAACUAAGAAAUGCAAACAUUUUGAAAGGGAUGGUGGAUCUUAAACGUCACUGUAUAGUUGAAAUGCUCACGGAUGUUCAUGGAUGUGUCACUUUGGAUACCAGAUUGAUCCAUGAAAAUGCAGACAUUUUUUAAGAGUGAAACGCUGCUGACAGUUUGGUUUUUAAAGCUUGUCAAAUUUAUGUACUGUAUUUGAGGUAAAAGAGAAAUAUGAAAUGAAACAUUUACCGGGUGGAAUUGGGCUCUGACAAGUUUGGUUACAUGUACAUGUACUUAAUAUAAAUGUUGGGCGUGUUUGGUCGGUCGGCCAGAAUGUUGGUGGGAUUGAGUUGCACUAUCAUUUGAUCCAAUGACAUGUCUGACUCGACAUCCCGUCGCUGAAAGUCUUCCACAGCUGUGAAUGUUUAAGGGUAAUCGUCUGCCAUGGAGAUUAUUGACAGAUCAUACAGUCGGAUUGACUGAUUGCACAGUAAUUGAGUGAUUGUGCAGAACGACUGAACAUGCCUAACAUAAACACUGCCAAAAGUAAAUCGAAAUUAACCUAAAAGAUCAAAAUUCUUCAUUUUUUUGGGUGGAAUUUUGGUCUUUCUUUUAAACAGUAUGCUAGUGAAGGUUGAACCACUCUCAUUAUAACAUGGUUGCUGGAAGCUGGAACCUUGUUGAAGUUUGUUCUACAUGUAAACCAGAGCCUCGUUAUCAAAUGGACUGGAAAAUAAAAAGCAAAAGAAUUCCAGAAA